AUGAUUUUGUCCUAUUCCAGGAACCUCUACCCCCAAUCAACCGGGGAAAAGAUCGUCAUGGGCAUAGAUUGGAGCCCCAACUCACAGAAAUUGGGGGUGCUGACGGCUGAUCAUUCGCUUUACCUGUUCAACGAUCAGGGUGAGCGCCAGGAUAAGAUCGGACUCAGAAGCACAGAAGUAAAGUCCAGCAACAAAGACUUCAUUCCUCUGUGUGGGACCUUUUCUCCUUGUUCUACGCUGUUCGUCGUUGGCCAGUCAGAUAAAGUAGCCUAUAUCUUCCGAUUAGGUCAGCUCUGGACAGACAAAAAGUCUAUCGUAGCGCGCAUACCUAUGGACGAUGCAGUCACAGCGGUUUCUUGGCCUCUUAGUGAAGCUACCUCAGAGUUAUCUCCAAUUAUUUUCGGCACAGCAUCUGGCAACUUAUACCUUUAUUCCUUUCAGUCCAAGUCAAUUCAAGCAUUUGUCUCAUCUGCAUGCUUCGCCUCGUUAGCGUCUUCCAAGACAACGACCGCUGACAACCAGGCUACACCUCUUUCGCCAAUGUCCAGCCCCAUCAUCAAGAUACUGCCCAUUCCAUCCAUGCCUCAAUGCUUUGUGGCAGUUGCAGAAUCAGGCCUAGCUGUCUAUGUGGAUAUAAAGACCCAACAGCUCAGAGCUGCUGCACGACACUCGAAAGCCGUAACUACUGCCUGCAUGAUUGCCCAAAAGACGUCUCAUGGGCGACACUACCUUGUACUAGCAGAUGUAAUGUGCAAGGUCACAGUCUAUGCAGUGGAGACGUCUGCUGCGCUUUGUGUGUGUAAUAUCAAGACUCCACAGAACAUUCCUUUCACUGCGUCAACAGCGAGCCCUUCGGGAGGAGGAUGCAUUGUUGCCAACGCUAGUGGACUUCAUUUUCUUACACUAGUCAACUCUCAGCCGGUCACGGUCUCGUAUGAAGCUUCGUCUUCUGCAGUGACUGUCUACCAGGACUCCGGCAAAGGCUUCCUUCCUCAAAUAACCAGUAUUGCAUGGCGCCCAGACGUCUCUGUUCUGACUGUGGGGACUUCUCUGGGUAGCGUGGACAACUUCACCCCAACUAUUGGAAGCUACCGCUACUGUGGUGCAGAGGUUGUCAAUAGUGCACCCAAUCGUGCCACAAUUAAUAUACCACGCUUUAAUGGUUCAAAGCGCUUUGCUGCAGGAUCCAUAGACCUUCAUGCCUCUAUGUCUUCUGAACUGAGGACAGUGAAAGCCUUCCCUAAGCACGACUUCACUUCUUUUGUUCAGAAUCCAUCCGGUUAUAAGUCUACCAACAUAUAUUUACUUGGCAUUGGAGACUCUUCGAUUGUUAUUUAUUCCUUAAACGACGACACUAUUAACGAGUUUCGCUACAAUGCCUCCCUCACAGACAAAUUCUUCUUUGAUGUAGGCGCUUGUAGAACAAUGGUGAUCUCCAAUACAUUAGGAGAAUUUACAGUUUGCUACUUGACUACACAGUCCGAUCCUGGGUGUACCUUUUAUAAGGUGGAUAUCUAUGCAACCAUGCGGGGAUGUGUGGCCCCGCAUGCCUCUGUCAUUAGCUGCUAUCCUAUUUAUGAAGAUGCAGCAGGAAGCUUGAACCGGAUCAGUAAGAUCCGCACUGUUUGUUUAGGUGAAGAGCGCACAGAUGUAUUAGUUACCGACCUAAUGCCACCGGACAUGUGCGAUGAUUUUUCCGACCCAAUUGUUGUCCUUUUCCGUACAAAGACCUCCAGAGCAGUGGAUUGGCUAUUCUUUGGUCCAAGUGGCAACGCAGUUCUGCUUCGAGACAUAUCCGGAGGAGUCUCUAUCCUUAAUAUCACAGAUUAUUCCAUUACACAAUUAAGCACAAGUGUUGGUAAUGGGGUUGUUCAGUGGGCGGACCCCUUCGACGUUAUCGUAGGCCAGGAGUCUCCAGACGCACCACUAUAUGUAUGGUAUAAUCCCACAGAUAUAGAGGAUGCGCCAGAGAUUCUUCAACCCCCUGUUCCUGUGGACAAUGAAAGCUGGUCUUUUAGUUACGUAAAGAGCAACCCUAACAACUUUAGCAAGAUCACAGCCGGACAUGUCAAGAAUAUCUCUGUGCAAGCUAUCAUGACAACUCCAUCAGGUAGACAGACAAGUGUUUCUCUGGACACUAACCUUCUGCUGUUCAACCUACUCCUCGACAAGCAUGAUAUUUUAGGGGCCUGCCAGCUCUUGUCUGCUUUGCAGGAUAACAACGCACGCGUGACAAAUCGUAAUCUGUGGCAAAAGCUGUGCAGUGUGGCUCUAGAUUCAUUCAAUUUUAUUGUCGCCAGUCGGUGCUAUGCGGCACUGGGUGACCUGCCUCUCUCUAUCACCGCAAGAGAAAUUCAUGAGCGAGUGCAGAACGCAAAGGACGGAGAGGCCGGAAUGACGCACGAUCGUAUGAAUCUCUAUUGUCAGGCACAGAUAGCACUGCUCAACUCCGACUUGGACAAGUAUGAUGGCUUGAUGAUGUCCUGUGGGCGGAUUGAUGAGGUCCUCACUCUUUAUAAAGAGUUGAAUCUAUAUAGUCGAGCAGAGAAAAUAUGUCCGGAAUCUAUGAUAAACACCCUUAGGACUGAGGCAAUUCAAUGGCUCAUCAACUCAGGCCAGAUGACUACUGCAGGCAUGCUGUUAGCCCAGCGUGGAGACGUGCGUGGGGCUCUAGAUCUGUUGAUUCAAGAUAGGUCCUAUUUGAGUGCGUUUGAGCUUGCUAAGCGGGCGAUGACAUCAUCUGCAGAUCCAUCUCUUGCUCCAAUAAUAGAACUUCUCAUCGGCAAGCUAGAGGAUUCACAUCACUAUAGUCAGGCAGCAGUCUUAUGCACGCUUGGCUCCGGAAGGAAUCACGAGCGUGCACUAGCUCUGUUUCGAAAGUCACAUGCUUUUGAUGAAGCACUCGAACUCGCACGCCAGCAUUUGCCUCACGAAUGUUUGCCAAUAGAGAGAGAGUGGGCAGAGUGGCUCUUUCAAACGGGGCAAUACGACAAGGCCACGCAGCAUUAUCUUGAGUGCAUGAACCAGGAAAUGGCUGUCGAAUCCGCCUUUCGUGCCAAUAACUUUAAGCUCGUCGAAUCCUUGCUUAUGGACAUCCCGGCCGCAGAAACUAACGCUCAUCUCUGCUUUAGACUUGCCGAGAUGAAAUAUAUCUCCGGAGACGCUGCAGGGGCAGCGACUUGGCUUUUAAAGGCAGAUCAACCCUUACUGGGGCUGUCUGCGUUCAUCUGUGCCGGGAAGUUUGAUGAGGCCAUUCAGUUUAUACGGUCAAAUCUUCCGCGGCAGAGCUACAGAGAACUCCUUGUUCACGAGGCUAAAAGAAUUAUUUCACUCGGGUCUGCUCCGUCGAACAAUCCGGUACAAGAAAAAACGAAGACACUAACUAGCUCUGGGGUGUUCGCGAGCUCUUCCGGAGAAUCCUCAGAAAAGCAGAAUGUCCAAUCUUUCCUUAAUCGUAUGGAGUCCUUGUCCCAUAUUCGUGGAGUUUAUUCUGCGAUCGAACUUCUAAAGCUUGCUGGCCUGUAUGAGGACGUGGCGGAUAUUCUACAAGGGAACUCUAUGUGGGACGAGCUAUAUAGCUUUGCUAAAGAACACGCGGCUUCCUUCUCUAAUUACCCUGACAUAUUGCGCAUGGUUGCAGAUGCUAAAAGAGUGAAAGGAGAUAAGAAGAGCUGCGCCACGAUACUCGAGGAGCUUUGCAUGGAGCUAUAUGGGUUAUCUGGAUCAUCGAGUGGAUCCUCUGGAGGCAUGGGUGCAGCGACUGACGGCUACACGCGGCUACGGACACAGGCUAGUCAUUUGAUACAAGCGCGCAGAGACGUCCUCUUGGAAGCUAGCUCUAUGUACUGCGACCUAUUUAUGUAUUUAGAGGCUAUUCGGUUGUGCAAGCGCUGUGGGGACAUGGACGCAUUAACUGACGUUUGCCUUUUGUGGGUUAGCUCUAAUGCUAACAGAUCUCUUCUUAUUCAGCAGCUUAAGCAGCUCAAUAUUAUUGAGCCGACUCUUACCAAGGCAGCUGAUAGGGGUAUGUGGGACGUGUGCACAGAGCUUAGCGAAUAUUGUCCAGAUCCAGAAGCUGUACGCUGUGAUCUCUUCUGGCGCAGAGGAAGGAAGCUGGAAAUAGAAGGGCGCCUAAAGGAGGCUGAGGAGUUCUACGCAAAAGCAGGAAAGCACCAAGAAAUAGUUGGAAUGUACCUUGAUACAGGAAAGUUUGAAGAUGCGCAGCAGGCAGCUAUGGAGAUGACUAGUAAUUUUGAGCGUGAAAGAGCCAUGCGCAGUAUCCGUGAAUCCAAAGCGAGAGUACUAGCUAGUGAAGGGAAGUGGCGAGAGGCUGAGGCGGAAUUCAUUGAGUUAGGUCUUGUAGAAGAUAUAAUAUCUAUCUAUCGAAGCAACCAAAUGUGGCAAGAUGCUCUUCGGGUGGCCAAGGAACACGGAGAUAGCGUCCUAGUGGAGAACCUCAGUGAGUCUUAUGUAAAGCAUGAUAAGCUUCGCUCGGGGCUCGGCACAAGUGCAAGUGCUUUUGAGCCUGGCGCAAAGGCAGAUCUUGGUGAUGGAUCCGGCCUUGCUGGUAGGACUAAGCAGCAUGGAAGCGAUGUGCAGACUGCCAGGUCCAUACUGGAGGCAGGCAGUAGCGCCGGCCUGCGUAAAAUGCUGAUGUCUGCGGCCCGCAGUGGUAGCGAUGUUCUAUUCGAGGUUGUGCUUCAUCGUUGUGCCGAGCUAGCGUCAAUGGUGCUUAACAAUGACAUUCAGGACUCAAGCAUCGUGGAAGAUAUAGCAAUUAUCUCGCCGUCCAUUCACAAUUUCGAGGAGAUAGGCUCGCCUCAUGAACGUGUCAUGUCCCUUGCGGUUGCAUACUUGAGCAAGGGCGUGCCUCUUUCUGUCACAACUGGGACAGAAAGCAAGGGCACUAUAAGCCUAAUUAUCUCUGACGUCUGCAAUAGGGAGCAGCUACUGCUAGUAUGCAGAGGGGUCCUCUCUUUGGCGUUUGUAGAGUCCGAAUACGUUAAUCGCAUAACAAAACAAGAGACACACGGAGACGGGAUCUUUUGUAGAUUACGGAGCAUUUUGUUAAGCUACAGAAACAUGCUUUUGAACACUGUCAGAGGCACAAAAGCAGCAGAGACAGAUAAGGUUAACUUUAUUCCCGGUGACCAGGAGCUGUCUCGCUGUUUCGAGGCAACGCACCUGAUAAUUCAGCUGGCCAAGUUGUUCAUUGGAGCAAAGACCAUCUCUUCUAUGCGAGACAUCGUCUUAGUUUCAUCCAGUCUCGUGCGCUAUUGUGACUUGCUGCCCGUCGACAGGUGCUUUGUCGUCGCAGGCGAAAGCUGCAAGCAAUUUGUGGAGAUCUCCAACGGAAACUCUAAUGCUAAGGUGAUGGAAGCCCGAACACAGUACCUCAACCAAUGCUGCGUUUUCCUCAAUAAGUUCAUUGAUCUUCACGAAGAAAUAUCUAACCACUCGAGAAAUUUAGAGCGUAUAGACAUAUCAGACUUAACAGGCAGUGGAAUCCCGUGGACUGCUCAAGUACCCGUCAACUUGUAUUUGUCCAAAUCUAGGGCGGAUGAAGUGCGGGCCUUUAUUCUAGAACUGACCAUGGACGAAAGUACUACCACAACGCAAGAGUUACCACGAGAGCCUUGUCCUUUCGGUUGUGGAAAACCAAUUUGGAUAGGGGCAUGCUCAUGCAUCAACUGUCGCCAGGUCAGUCCAAUUUGCGCGGUUACGGGCUGUCACGUCAUCAAUCCCAACACACACAUGCUUCCAAGCUCGCGUGCUUGCCAAAUCUGUGGGUGUUAUGCACGCCCUGCACCAUGGAACUCAUUAAUAACUAAGAGCAAGAAUUGCCCUGUUUGUGAAGAGGUAGGCUUUCCUAUCGGUAAAUGA